AUGCAUGAUGUCACCAUGAUCGACUUUGGACUGGUCGAUGGCUCCAUCGAAGAAGCUUUGCAGGCUAUCUACGCGGAAGCCGCUGCUUACUGCGCUCGACAGGGCCUUCAGCUGCACAUGGUGGCCCUCACCCGCAUUUCGCUCGGCUGGACGAGUAGUUGGAGUUACCCGACAGGGUCAUGGUUCAAGGGCCAGGACACGGUGUCUCUUCUGGCGUACUUGCAAUGGAAGUACGAGAGCUUGAUCCUAACCUGUGGAGACCACGAACAUGUGACCUACAUGAUGGACAUUUUCCAAGUGGUCAAAGCUUCCAACUCCUUCAUGCGAUGCAUGUACCAUGCCGGCCUUUGGCUAGGACAUGAUGAGCGAGAUCACAUCAUCCUAAACAUGAGCAUUGUUUUGCAGGGCUUCCUUGGCUUGGCAGAGUAUGCCUAUGAAGGUUUGUCCCUGACGCGGUGGAAAUUGCAGCCUAAGUUCCACGCCCUCGCCGAGCUACGGUACAGUCUCAUGAAGCAAAAAGCUUCCCAAUACGACUCAAUCAGCCCACUUGCAUUUGCAACACAGUUGGAUGAAGACUUUGUUGGGAGGGUGUCAACGUUUUCAAGAACAGUUGCCUCGAGGACCAUACAUCAGAAGACGAUAGAACGUUAUCUGAUUGCCCUUGAGUCGGGAUGGUAG